GGGUUUUUUUUUGUUACUUUACCAGUUUUGAUUGCGACGAAAGAAUAUAUCGCCGUUUUGAAACAAUGUUUGUAUGAAAUACAAUGUCUUAUUUAUGCACAAAAGUAUUUUGAGUGCAGAAGUAGCAAUGGCAAGUGGAUCACAUGGAGACAAGCGUAAUAUAAAAAUUAUAGCCAGCGGGUCUCGAGCUUACGACGAAGAUUACGUUAAGAAAAAACUUGCAAGAGCACAACAAAAGGUAGCUGCAGCCAUGAAAAAAAUGCAAAAGGCUAACCACUAUGUGAAUUACGAUGUCAGCAGCAGUUCGGAUUCAUCAUCAUCUGAUGAUGAGGGAAUAGGUUCUUCUUUCCAAGGUUUCAGUAACAAGCAAGGCGGUGCAAAAAUGGAAAUUAAAAAACAAAUGGGUGAUGGAAUUGCCAACAUAACUAUCGGCAGUGCUAAAAAUAUACAAAUGGGUGACCGUAAUGUUAUGGUGAUAAACAAGGGUGGUGCCAAACCUGAACAGAAAUCUGUGGCAGAGGAUGUUGAUAUGCCGUCCGCACAAGAUGAAUCAUCGCAGGAUCUGACACUGACAGCUGCUCAACAGGCAGUCCUUGAUUCAGAGGAGGUUGUUGAUGACAGGAGCUUACGUAUCCUUUCAACAUGCAUUGGGAACCCAUGGCGACGAAUUUUCAGGAAGUUGGAACUGGCAGAGGAAGAAAUUGAGCAACUUCACUUGGACUACAAUAGUCAAGGCAUUCAGAUGGUCAUAUAUCAAGGACUUUUGAAAUGGAAACGAAAGAAUGGAAAAAAUGCAUGUGUUGGUAAACUGGUCAAAAUUGUGUUUAACAUCACCAAAAACAAGGAGGUCAUUGACAAAAUUGGAAAGCAUGGCUAACAAUCAAUGGAUUAUAUGGAAUAACUUUUCAGGAAUGGUUAUUAUAGGUUAAAUAUUAAUGUGAUUUAAAACAUAAAUGUGUCCAUUUUCUUGUACACAAGAACAGAUAAGAAUUAACAUUAGAAUGAAAACAAGAUCAUUGACACAACUGUAGGAUAAGUUAAGGACUUCAGACAUCACACAGGUAGAAAUCACUGAUAGCCAUAGACACGGUCUUUUACCUACAUUAGGGGAGAUAACUCCUAUACCUGCACAUAUAGUUUACCAGCAGUCUAAACCUUGUCUUUAAAGCGUGCACUACAAAUGCAGUAGGUGUCUACACUCAGAUGUAUGACGGAUAUCCAGAAAUUUCACACAAAAGUUUGAUAGCAAUUGGUUGAAACCAACUUAUUCUACCGUUUCUCAUUCUUGGCCCUCAUUGGCCAUCAAGCUUAGAUCUCUACCAUCUGACAGAGUGAAACCACUGGCUUUAAUUCUGGGAGAUCAGAAUUACCUUGGCACUAGUUAAUGCAAACAGGAAAAUCUUUGCUGGAACUAGAAUUCGCAGUACAGGUUAGUCAAAAUUAAGAAACUGGGAAAGUUAUAUCGUCACCAUUGAUUUAAGAUUUACUUAAUUAUUUCUGCAGUGGUGAUGUAAACUUAUCAAAUUAAUAGAUCUUUAUACUCAGGUGAAAAAGAUAGAAUAUUGUAAAAAUUAGUAUUGCUGUACAUGAUGUGGAUGUUACUCUUUAAUUUAUACUCUAAAUGGAAAAUUGUUCAAUUUUUUUCACAGAAUGAGGAAUGAUUAUUGUUUAGUUCAGCAUUGCUAGAUCUUAUGGGUAUUACCGUAAGCAGAUUUUCUCAGUAAGGCUUUUAUUUCCAACACACCUAUGAAAUAAAACUUGAAAUGUUAUAUUAAUGGCAUACUUAAAUCCUGAUUGGUACUUCAGAUUUGUUUAUUUCUAAUAGAAAUAUGUGUUGAGUAGGAUAAUGACAUUUUCUAAAAUAUUAAUCUUAUCUGAAAUUUACAUUUUAACAGGCCACACCUUACAUAAUGUACAUAAAUGAUAAUGAUGUCAUCAUUUGGUCACCAAGGAAGUUGUUAAGGAACAAAGGUAUAGCUAAAUUCUGAUUGGUGAAAAAGAAGAAAAUAUAAAACAUGGCCUUAGGAGUUUUGCCUCAUCAUUUCUGUUUUUUUUUUUUAUUAUUUGGAGAGGUCUCUAUAUCCUAUUAUGACCCACAGGGAUCAUGUACACAUAUGACUAUUGAACAUGAGCUCUUAGAGAAUUUUUUCUUGCAGGAGAUUGUUCACCACUGGCUUCACUGACAUUUGUUUAUAAUUUUCUCCUCAAAGAAACAAACAUUUUCAAUGGCCAAUUUUUUUCGUCAUUUUGUAAUGUCAUGUUUGAUUGACCAAUGUGUCAGUGUAAGAAACAAUCAAAGAAACUAGUCCAUUGUAAAUAAGAAAAUGAAUAUUUUUAUACCAAAUAUAAAAAUUGAUGAAAUUAUGAGGAUUGUCUUUUGAUUAUUUAUGUUAUUAAUUGAUAACACAAAAAAACUGUGUAUGUUCGAGUUAUUAUCCACUUUACUCUGUUUUUUAUAGCUCAGAAAUAUAAAAAAUUAUGAAAAGAUAAUCCUUGUAGUAAAUAAAGUUCAUGGACAUCAUGAUACUGGUCACAUGACUAAAUGGUAUUUAUUUAUACAUAGUAACAGGAGAAUACAUGUCAAAUCUGAAUAUAUUGAUUGAACUUCAUAAAUUAUUACAUUGUAUAUGUUUCUUGUAACAACUAAGGAAAGUUGUUAUCAUCAAGGAUUUAUCACAUAUUCCUAGAACCAGUCAACUUUGAGGUAUCAAAGUUUGACUGUACUUCAGUGAAAUUAUUGUCUCUUUAAACCAAUUCUAAGUAAAUUUCCCUUUCUGAAAAUUAAAACAACGCAAUUUUGUUUCUGAAUGCAAUCAAUGCAAUUUAGUAUUUAUGUUUCAGUAACUUAUGAAUUCAAAAGGAACAAUUUGGAGUGAAAAUUUGGAAGAAUUGACAGAAACAAUGUUGAUGUCAGUUCUUUUUUAUAGUUAAUUAAAAUGUUGUAUGUAGGCCUACAUUGUAUAUAUACAUCUUAAUGCUAGCAAAAGUAUAGAGAAUGUAUGGUAAGUGUCUUAAAAUAUAAGCCGUAUUUUGGUGAGGAUGAAGAAAGACAAAAGAGGUGAGCCACUUUUGUCUUUCUGUCCCAAGCCAAAAUACGGUUAUGUUUUAAGACACUGACCAUAUAUUCAAUUUAUCCUGCAACAUUGAUUGAAAAUCAGACGAUCGAAACUUCAGAAGUUUUGUUGUUCAAUCUAUGUUUACCUGUCGUUGACAUAACGAUGAAGUUUGCCAAAAUAAUUGCUCUACCUAGAAAUGUAGUUCCGAACUUCAACAGAUAUGACAGCGAUUUGAUGAAAAUAAACUUAUUAAUUACAACUAAUUUCAAUAGUUAUUUAUUGUUUUAUAGUAAAUUCAGAAAGAAAUUUUGUCGAAUUACCGCACGUGCUAAAUACAGUUGUUUUCCCUCACUGCCGAAUACAGUAAAAAUAUAUGUGGCAGAUGUAUUCCGACAAUGGCAGUGCCAGUUGCAGGAUAGAUAAUUUUCUCUAAACUUGAUUCUGUUCAUAGUAACAGGUCAGAUUAAAAUGAUUCUAAUUUUGAUAAGACAUGAUUUAAAGGGACUUUAUGGUAAAAUUUCGUUAUCUUUUUAAGCGUUUGAUUUGCGGCUAGUAUUGUAAUACUUAAAAUUAGACUAUUCACAAAAUUAUAACCUUUUUUUUUGAGAAAAAAUGAUAAAGAUUAUCAGCUAACACUGGUCGACACUCGCAGUUGUUUUCUGCUAUUUGCUGUUUUGAUCGGAGAUAGUCAAGUACACUUGACCUUUUGGAUUAUCCUUUUAACGCACAACUUUGUUAUGAUUUCUAAAUUUUCCCGUCUUGUGCACGAACAAAGACAUUGUAUACACUCUCCGUUGAUAAUGGUUUGAACUCGUGUUGGGUUGUUCCUAUUUUCUUUGAGUUUUUUUUACUUUUUUUAUUUAAAUGGUUAUACAAACUUUAAAAUAUUGUUAUAAACAGAAAGUGCACACCCUUUAUCACAUACUAAAUGCUAUAAUGUUUUUGUCAGUUAUGAAAUGAAAAUCUAACCAUUUAGUCCCUUUAAAACGUAUGAUUAUGUAAUGCUUGAAUAUUUAUGACACAAUUAGACGUAAUGUAUUUGAUGUUUAAUCUGUAUAAUCAUUAUGGGUCCCUUUAUAAAUGAAUCUGCAUUCAUACUCAAACCAAUGCAUUGUACUCAAAUGAACUUUCUAUAAAUAUAAGAUAUCUUACAUUAGUUUGAAAAAAUAAGUACUGAAAUUUGAAAGAGUGGUAUAAGUUUUAAAACAAUUUAAAAUACAUAAUUAGAAGACGUGAGGUCGUGUACAGAAUGAUUUUAUAAGCUUGCCUGAUGGUCUAAUGAAGUGUCAUAGAAGCUGCACAGAACAUGUUUACUUUUCAACAGUUUCCUUCCACAGGCAGAUGAUUGAUGUUGACCUAUGUCAUAUGUAAAAAAAACCCAUUAUGCAAAUUCUUUGUGAAAAAAAAUAUGAAUAAAACUUUUAUAAAAUUGA